CUCAAACUUCAAUAGAGGAAAAGCGCUCCUUAGUAAACAACCCUUUAGAUUGAUUUUAGAUUGUUUAUAGUAAAAUUGUUUAACGUUCGAUUAAUAAAUAAUCAAAGUGAUUAUGGCUGGUCCUUACUUAUCUCCAUUACCGGGUGAUUUGUUAACUGAGUACAUGUUUGGACGAAGAAGACAGAGAAGAAAUCGAACUACUUUCAGUCCUCAACAACUUCAAGAGUUAGAAGCACUAUUUCAAAAAACACAUUAUCCAGACGUUUUCCUAAGGGAAGAAGUUGCUUUAAGAAUCAGUUUAUCAGAAGCAAGAGUACAGGUAUGGUUUCAAAAUAGAAGAGCUAAAUGGCGUAAACAGGCCAGACUGCAGCUCCUUCAGGAUGCAUGGAGGAUGCGGUGUUUAGGUCUACCCACUCCACCCCUUAUCUUGACAGGAUCUCCUUCGCACACCAACAUUCGCGAGGCUCCUCCACCCCUCGACAAACCGAACGAACCGCCGCCUUACCCACACAUGUUACCCUCUUCAAACCCUCCAAGACAAUGUUCGUGUUCGCCAGAACUGAAGAGCAGCUCGCAAACAUCAACGGAAAACGCACAGACGACAGAAAUGUUACAAAAACCGAGAUCACCGUCGCCAUCAUUACCCGACGAUCUCUCCAUACCGAGAAAGAUCCUUCCAAAAGAUCCGAUGGUACCGAGUCACAAUGGUGGCGGUAGAAUGGCAAUGUUGUAAAUGAUAAUGUUAAUGUUAAAGGAUAAUUAUGAACUAAUUGUGUACAUUCAUACAAUAUAUGUAUGUAGGUGGUAUCUAAAGGGUGUGCCUGCCGAAAUUUUCUGUCCAAACAAUUUCAAGAUGAUGACAAGUUACAUUACGUUAUAUGUACCAAGUGGGGCUAAAUUAAGGGAGUUGACUCAUUGGAGCACAGCAGGGAUUUAUAUGAAAUUUCGUAAAUAAGGAUGCAUUAAUUUUUAACAGACUUGUGCAAAUUUUGAAGAUACCUGAGAGAUAGUUUUGGAAAUAUUGGAUAAUUGGAUAUGAAUAUGGAUGGAUACUUUAGUAUUGAUUGAUGUUAAAUGAUCUAUUUUUUCUGUUGAAAAUACAUGAAAAGGAUUUUUCUCAAAAGUGAAAACUAUAAAUUCAAUCUCAUUAAACUAUAGAAUAUCAAAUU